GUUUAGUUUGUUUUGUAAGUUGGUACGGUGAGGAUCGUUGGAUACAUUAGCAUUAAAAGAUGUCAUUUUGGAUCAUAUUACUUAUUUUAUUCAUCGGUUGGGAUGUUAAUUAUUUCUUACAUUGUGGACUUACAGUAUUACUUGGAAAAUUGUGUCGUACUAAACGGAAAAUUACAGAUACUAGAGUAACUUAUGGAUUUUGUUCGACACAAGAUGUUGACGUCGUUAUGCGUCAUAUGAAUAAUGCUCGAUAUCUGAGAGAAUUGGAUUUUGCUCGUUUCAGUUUCUAUGCAAUUAACGACAUGUUUAAAACAUUUAGCAAAUUUGGUGGAGUACCUGUACAAGGUGCAACCAAUAUACGCUACCGUCGGGCCAUAUCUAUCUUCAACCUUUACAAAGUACAUACAAAAUUGAUUUGGUGGGACGAGAAGGCACUCUACUUGGAACAUAAAUUCGUAACAUUCGAUGGCUUUGUGAGAGCUAUAGCUAUUUCUAAACAAUCCAUUGCUAACAGUAAUGUAAUCGAUAUGAUGAAAACAUUUCCAGAGACAGCUGUACGUCCUGAAAUACCCGAAGAUUUAAAACUUUGGCUUGAUGCUAACGAAAUAUCAAGUCAAAAUAUGCGUAAAGAAAAAUAAUUUUAUUUUUAAUCUCUGUGAGAUAAAAAGUGUGCAAGUGUGUCAAUAUGUUAAAUAUAUUCUCAAAUGGUGUUUUGUGCAAGGUUGAACAACUUUUUUUUGUGGUGUUGUAAAUAAUCCAUUAGCAUUUAUAAA